UCCGGGCAUCGGCUGAGUCACAAAUCCUGGAAGUUCAGGGUCAUAAAAAGGAAGUUCUGCUAGUCCACGCAAGGCCUUCCUGUUUUUUGGCCCUGAAUCCUCAGAGGCAGGCUCCCCAGGGCCAAAGUUCCCACAUCACCUUCACCUCCCGGGGUUCGGAAUCUUGGAGCUCUGAGGCCAAGACAGGGCAUAACGAUGUCCCUGCUGCUCAGACGGGGAAACUGAGGCACAGGGCUUGCCUGAGGCUCCCUGGAAGGACGAGGCUGCAGGUUUCUCACUCAGGACCUCCAGACUGCACCCCCGCUGGUAGGGGUGUGGAGGGCUGGGUUCCAGAGGGUGAGUUCUGCUCACACUUCCACCAACCGAUCGUCACCCGGAGGGAGUCUCCACGCUGCACAGCCGGGCCGGUUCUUCAAAUACCUUGAACAGGAGCGGAAAGCAUGCUCGCUUGAGAGGUAGUGAGGUGCCUGUCACAGAGGUAUUCCAGCAGAGGUCAGAAAGGCUGGACUUGCAGGUCUCAUUUCUCGUUGCCCCGACCUCGCCAUGCGGACCCCGCGAGCGCCCCCUCCUCGCCCGGCCCCACUGCUCCUACUGCUGCUACUGGGGGGAGCCAACGGCCUCUUCCCCGAGGAGCCGCCGCCACUUAGCGUGGCCCCCAGAGACUACCUGAACCACUACCCCGUGUUCGUGGGCAGCGGGCCGGGACGCCUGACCCCCGCAGAGGGUCCUGACGACCUCCACAUCCAGCGAGUCCUGCGCGUUAACAGGACCCUGUUCAUCGGGGACAGGGACAACCUGUACCGGGUGGAGCUGGAGCCCCCCACGGCCACGGAGCUGCGGUACCAGCGGAAACUGACCUGGCGCUCCAACCCCAGUGACAUCAACGUGUGUCGGAUGAAAGGCAAGCAGGAGGGCGAGUGUCGAAAUUUUGUAAAGGUGCUGCUUCUUCGGGACGAAUCCACGCUCUUUGUGUGCGGUUCCAAUGCCUUCAACCCCGUCUGUGCCAACUACAGUAUGGACACACUGCAGCCCCUCGGGGACAACAUCAGCGGCAUGGCCCGUUGCCCUUACGACCCCAAACAUGCCAACGUUGCCCUCUUCUCUGAGGGAAUGCUCUUCACCGCCACAGUUACCGACUUCUUAGCCAUCGAUGCUGUCAUCUACCGCAGCCUGGGGGACCGGCCCACUCUGCGAACCGUGAAACAUGACUCCAAGUGGUUCAAAGAGCCCUACUUUGUCCACGCGGUGGAGUGGGCCAGCCACAUCUACUUCUUCUUCCGGGAGAUCGCAAUGGAGUUUAACUACCUGGAGAAGGUGGUGGUGUCCCGCGUGGCCCGGGUGUGCAAGAAUGACCUGGGAGGCUCCCCUCGGGUGCUGGAGAAGCAGUGGACAUCCUUCCUGAAGGCGCGGCUCAACUGCUCUGUGCCCGGGGACUCCCACUUCUACUUCAACGUGCUGCAGGCCGUCACCGGUGUCGUCAGCCUGGGGGGCCGGCCCGUGGUCCUCGCUGUUUUCUCUACCCCCAGCAACAGCAUCCCCGGCUCAGCUGUCUGCGCCUUUGACAUGACUCAGGUGGCCGCUGUGUUUGAAGGCCGCUUCCGUGAGCAGAAGUCCCCCGAGUCCAUCUGGACACCCGUGCCGGAGGAUCAGGUGCCACGGCCCCGACCCGGGUGCUGUGCGGCCCCCGGCAUGCAGUACAACGCCUCCAGCGCCUUCCCCGAUGAGAUCCUCAACUUCGUCAAGACCCAUCCCCUGAUGGACGAAGCGGUGCCCUCCCUGGGCCACGCGCCCUGGAUCGUGCGGACUCUGAUGCGGCACCAGCUGACGCGAGUGGCUGUGGACGUGGGUGCUGGCCCCUGGGGCAACCACACCGUUGUCUUCCUGGGCUCCGAGGUGGGCACCGUCCUCAAGUUCCUCAUCUGGCCCAACGCCAGCACCUCGGGCACCACUGGGCCCAGUGUCUUCCUGGAGGAGUUUGAGACCUACCGGCCAGACAGGUGCGGACGGUCGGGCGACGGCGAGGCAGGGCGGCGACUGUUGAGCCUGGAGCUGGACACAGCAUCGGGUGGCCUGCUGGCGGCCUUCCCCCGCUGUGUGGUCCGUGUCCCCGUGGCCCGCUGCCAGCAGUACUCAGGUUGCAUGAAGAACUGUAUUGGCAGUCAGGACCCCUACUGCGGCUGGGCCCCUGAUGGCUCCUGUGUCUUCCUCAGCCCCGGCACCAGAGGCACCUUUGAGCAGGACGUGUCGGGGGCUAGCACCUCAGGCUUAGGGGACUGCACAGGACUCCUGCGGGCCAGCCUGGCAGAGGAGCGCGCCGGGCUGGUGUCGGUGAACCUGCUGGUGACGUCGUCGGUGGCGGCCUUCGUGGUGGGCGCCGUGGUGUCCGGCUUCAGCGUGGGCUGGUACGUGGGCCUCCGCGAGCGGCGCGAGCUGGCGCGCCGCAAGGACAAGGAAGCCAUCCUGGCGCACGGCGGCGGCGAGGCGGUGCUGAGCGUCAGCCGGCUGGGCGAGCGCCGGGCGGCGGGCCCCGGGGGCCGGGGCGGCGGCGUCGGCGGCGUGGUCGUCGGCGGCGUCGGCGGCGCCGGGGGGCCCCCCGAGGCCCUGCUGGCCCCUCUGAUGCAGAACGGCUGGGCCAAGGCCACGCUGCUGCAGGGCGGCCCCCACGACCUGGACUCGGGGCUGCUGCCCACGCCCGAGCAGACGCCGCUGCCGCAGAAGCGCCUGCCCGCGCCGCACCCGCACGCCCUGGGCGCGCGCGCCUGGGAGCACGGCCACCCCCUGCUCCCGGCCUCCGCCUCCUCGUCCCUGCUGCUGCUGGCGCCCGCCCGCGCCCCCGAGCCGCCGCCCGCGGCCCCCGCGCCCGGCGAGCCGGCCCCCGACGCGCGCCUCUACGCCCGGCCCGGCCGCGCGUCGCACGGCGACUUCCCGCUCACCCCGCACGCCAGCCCGGACCGCCGGCGCGUCGUGUCGGCGCCCACGGGCCCCUCGGACCCAGUCCCCGCCGCCGCCGCCGCCGACGGCCUCCCGCGGCCCUGGAGCCCGCCGCCCACGGGCAGCCUGCGGAGGCCCGGCCCGCACGGCCCGCCGGCCGCAGCCCUGCGCCGCACGCACACGUUCAACAGCGGCGAGGCCCGGCCCGGCGGCGACCGCCACCGCGGCCGCCACGUGCGGCCCGGCACGGACUUGGCCCACCUCCUCGCCUACGGGGGCACGGACAGGACUGCGCCCCCCGUGCCCUAGGCCGGGGCCCGACGCCUCGGCGGUGCCAGCCACGGGAACCAGGAGCGAGAGAGCCGGCCCAGCUCCAGUGGGUGCUCAAGACCCCCGCCCCCGCCCGCGUGGGGGGGGCCCCUCGGCCACACGGAAGCACAACGAGCUCGGCCCCCGCCCCGCCCCCGCCCCCGCCCCCGCCCCGCCCGGGGCCGCGGGACACUGAGGCGGUUUGGGGGUGGGGGAGGGCGGGAGGAAUGUGCUAUGGAUUUGAGGUUGACCUUCUGCGCGUGGAUUUGGGUUUGUUUUCCAAUUGGCGUUUCUUUUGCAGAUUUCUAUCCAAUUGCACAACUCCGUUCUCGGGGUGUCAGCCGGGGUGGGGUGGGGGGGCGCGGCUUGGAGGCGGUGGAACGGGGGAGGGGCCGCAUCUGCAGACCCCACCUCCCCGCCCCGCCCCUUUCCAGGCCCCUCCUCAACCCAGGCUCCUGGCGUGUGUGGGUGUGUGUGUGUGUGUGUGCAUGCCGUGUUCGUGUGCAAGGGGCCAGGAAGGGGAGGGAGGUGCGUGUGUGUGCCCACGAGGGCUGCUGCCGGCGUGUGUGUGUGUGUGUGUGUCGCGGUGGGCCACGCGUGCAGUGUACCUGUCUGUGUGCGAGGUGGUGGCCCCAGCGGCCUGGGCGUUGGCUGACCCGGCGCCGGGGCUUCCAAAAGGCCCGGGGGCCUCCAAGGUGCCGGUUAGGAAUUUGAGGGGGAGACAAGAUGGGGUUCCGGGCAGGGGGGCCGGGAGGGCCUGCCCAGAAGUCAUACUGGCAGCAGCUGUCUAAAAGGGCUUGGUGGUCUGGGGGGGGGCGGGGAAGGCGGGCGGGCCCCACUGUAAAUACGGCCCCAGGGUGGUCAGAGGGUCCCAUGCCACCCGUCCCCUUGUGACCUCUCCCUUGACCUCCAGCUGACCAUGCAUGCCAGUUGAGUGGCCAGCUGAGUCCUGGACCCUCUCUGGAGUUUGCCUCCCCCAACCCCCUCCCCAUCAAUAAAACUGUUUACAACCACCGGC